AUGAUGACGACCACGAAUGGAAUUACCGCCCAUGCUUCUGAUGAGACGAGACCCCUAAAGGUCUUGAUCGUUGGUGCUGGCAUUGGUGGGCUGACCGCAGCCAUUGCAUUGCGCAACCAGGGACAUGACAUUCAAAUAUUUGAGCAAUCGCAUCUAGCCACGGAGAUGGGGGCAGCCAUUCACUUAGCCCCUAAUGCAAAUGGCCUCCUCCGGCGUUUGGGUAUUUUUGCAGAGCAAUUUGGAGCUAACCCCAUGGAACGACUCACGGAGUAUAGCGCGACAGGAGAACUGCAACGGGUGUUAGACCUAACGGAGUCGAACAAGAAGUGGCAACACCCCUGGCUUCUCGCGCACCGCAUUGACCUCCACAACAAUUUAAAAGGGAUCGCCACGACUGCCACGAAAACCCACAACGCAAUCCCCCUUCGAACGGGUUCUCGUGUUGCUCAGAUCGACGCCGAGACAGCAACCAUCACGCUAGAAGAUGGCAGCCAGUUCCAAGGCGACGUGGUGCUCGGUGCUGACGGUGUGCACUCGGUCACCCGGUCUGCGGUGCCUGGGGGCCAGGUCAAGGCAGAGUGCCGGGGCAAGAGCGCCUUUCGAUUCCUGGUCUCUAAGGAGGUGGCCAUGAAUGAUCCGAUCACGGCCAAGCUCGUCCAGCACCCAGGUGAGCUCAGCAUCUGGUAUGGCAGCGAUGCGCGCAUUAUCAUGUAUCCUACUUCCCACAAUUCUGUCCUGAACUUUGUGGUGAUCCAUCCGGAAAACAAGUCCGCGGCAGAUACCGAUGACUCUUGGGGCCAACAGGGCAACCUGGAAAAGAUGUUACAGAUCUUCGACGGGUUCGACCCGGCCAUUCUUCGACUCAUAGGAAAGGCCGACCCCCAGAGUGUGAAGGUAUGGAAGCUCCUGGACAUGGACCUCGUCCCCCAAUGGCAUCAUCGCCGUCUGGCUCUGCUCGGGGACGCGGCCCAUCCAUUCCUGCCGCACCAGGGUCAGGGCGGCGGUGUCGCAAUUGAGGAUGCCAUAUCGCUGGCGGUAGUCCUAUCUCCAGGGAUAUCAACCACCGAGGUGCCCGAGCGACUCAAACUCUACCAUGACAUCCGACACGAGCGGGCCACUCGCAUUCAAGGAUACUCGCGUAUCAUCGGCGAGGAUCGUACAGACGACAAGCAGCUGGACAUGUACAGCUUCACCAACUUCAACUUUGGGCAUGACGAGUGGGAUAAUUCAACCCAGCGUCUGCGUGAGUGGACGUGGAAUCAGAUUCCUAACCCUUAUUGGCGCAUGCCCAUCGCAUUUGGCCCAAUGCCCGGACCACGACAGACCCAUCUCGGUGUACCACGCGACGGCACCAAGUCCACAUUUACGACGGCGUCAAUCAAGUUCAAGACCUCGCGAACCGUGCUGCAGAAUCUGCUCCCGCCUGGUCGCAAAGGCUGGCGGUUCACAUCUCCAGGUACCAUUGCUUACGCCUCAUUCUCGCAGACAACGCUGAACAAGAUGGAGUGGCUGGGUGGGUCAGGAUACAAGCAUAUUGGCUUGUACAUUCACGGGGUUGAGUAUGUCAAAGACGAUGGCUCGGUAAUCCAGGGCACCUACCUCCCCAUCCUUUUCGAGUCCUUGACGGAUCCCAUCGUUUCAGGCCGAGAGGAACUCGGCAUGCCCAAGCUUUACACCUCAGUCGAUGUGUACCGUCGCUCCAGUUCCUAUCGCAUCCGCACUGGGUGGGAAGGGGCCCUCUGGGGGAACUUCUUACUUGAGGACCUGGUUGAAGUGGACCCAUCAACCACCACGGGCGCAUUAAGCGGAGAAGCCGAUGCUGGAAUUCUGGCCUACAAAUACCUGCCCAAGAGUGGCCGGGCGAAUAAAAACAUUCCUGCGGAAGAAUAUGCCAUCUUCGACCCCUUCUCCAAGGCCGUGCCGACGCCACAACCACAGAGGGUGUAUACGACUGAUAAGGCAAGCAUACAAAUUGAUGCUUUAGAUUGGCAACAAUUGCCGACACUCUAUCACAUCAUUUCACGACUCGCAGAGGUCCCCGUUUUCGAGAUCAUGGGGGCGAAGGUGGUGGAAGGAGAGGGGGUGCCGGAUGUUUCAGGGGCUGGACCAAUUGAGUGA